AUUUUCUUGAGUUAUCCAAUGUGGCGUCUCUCUUCAUAAUUGCUAAUUGUUAUUUGUCAAAACCCAAACUCCCCAUAACCUCCCACAGUUUUGAAGAAGUAUUGAAGUGAUUGUAUUGUCAAGCAGAUUCUUCAAUGGCUGAUGGGGCUUGGCCAAGGCUAUACAGCUGCUACAAGUGCCAGAACCAUAUAUGCUGUCAUGAUGAUAUUGUCUCUAAAUCUUUUCAGGCUGAAAGUGGCAGAGCCUUUCUGUUCUCUCAUGCAAUAAAUGUGGUUCAAGGGCCUAAAGAGGACCGGCGACUCAUCACCGGCCUCCACACAGUUGCUGAUGUACACUGCAGCGAUUGCGGGGAGGUGUUGGGUUGGAAAUAUGUAAAAGCUUACGAACAGUUGCAGAAGUACAAAGAAGGGAAAUUUGUGAUUGCAAAGUUCAAGAUUGUCAAGGCAAACUGGUAGCAAGGAGCAGUUGGGUUUGUGGAAUUCACUUUGUUUCAUUGUUCAUACAUUAUUCCAUUCAUCAUGUACAAAGAAGUCCUUUUCAAUGGAUUAACCAUAUGCUUUUGUGAGUAAAUAAUCAUAUCCCCAGUUCGAUA